UCAUCGUUUGACUCAACCCGGCCGGACCAGUGUUGUUAUUGUGGUUUUUCCUCUUGUAUCCAUCCCCAAUAUUUGAAUCCGUAACACUUGUAACAAAAUGUGUGAGGACUUGGCUGGAGCUGACUCGUUGCACAUAGCGGACUAUGCAGUUUUUGUGUUGAUGCUGCUGGUGUCCGCAACCAUCGGCUUAUACUACGCUUGGAUCAGAAGAAGUCAGCAAAAUACCCAGGAAUUCUUAACCGGAGGUCGAAAACUCACCGCUCUGCCCGUCUCCCUGUCACUGACCGCCAGCGACCUGUCGUCCAUCAUACUGAUAUCCAUUCCGGUAGAGGUGUACCGCUAUGGAGCCAUCAUAGGGUAUGCUUGCUUCGGGUAUUUUCUGGCCCAGGUGUUCACAUGUGAGAUCUUUCUCCCAGUCUUCUACAGGCUGCCCAUUACCAGCACUUUUCAGUAUCUGGAGCUGCGUUAUAACAAAGUAACCCGUCUGCUGGUAACAUUCCUCGCUAUUAUUCGAGCACUCCUCUUGUCUGGACUUGCGAUUUAUGCUCCAGCCCUCGCAUUAAAUCAAGUGACUGGCUGGAAUCUGUGGGUGGUAAUCGUGGUAACAGGAAUGGUCUGUACGGCAUACUGCGCAUUGGGUGGAAUGAAGGCAGUGGUUUGGACAGAUGUUUUCCAGGUUGGAAUAAUGUUAGCAGGCCUUCUCUGUGUCAUAUCCAAGUGUCUCUUCUUAGAAGGAGGAGUCUCUAUUCUGUCCAAUUCACAACAAGGAGGAAGACUGAACUUUCUGGAUUUUGACUUGAACCCUCUGAGGCGACAUACUUUUUGGACCAUAUCCAUCGGUGGAACACUUGGCUGGACAAUGACCAGUGGAACUAGCCAGACUCAGGUUCAGAGAUACAACUCCUGCAAGAGCAUCACUCAUGCCAGAAUAGCUGUGUUCAUCAGCGUGGUAAGUUAUUCUUUGUUCCUGGGAUCUGCAGUGUUUUCAGGAUUGUGCCUCUACUCUUUCUAUAAGGACUGUGAUCCAUGGACGGCUGGAAAAAUUUCUUUUUCUGAUCAGCUGCUGCCAUAUUUGGUAAUGGAUAUCCUGAAAAGCUACCCUGGCCUCCCAGGACUCUUUCUUGCAGCAGUUUACAGUGGCACCUUAAGCACAGUCUCAUCAAUCAUCAACACAUUGGCUGCAGUGACUCUAGAGGACCUGAUCAAGCCAAAUGUCACACUGACUGACAGACAAUUGUUUCACAUCUCCAGAGCACUGAGUUGCGGUAUCGGAGGGUUGUGUGUUUCUAUGGCUGGCCUGGCAUCACUUAUGGGACUACUUGCUCAGGCAAGAAUCAUCAUGGGUGGGGUCAGUGGAAGUCCUAUGUUUGGUCUGUUUGUGUUGGGCAUCCUGUGCCCAUUUGCCAACUCCACGGGAGGUUUGUUUGGUCUUGCAUUUGGGUUCGCUGCUUCCCUGUUUGUAAGCCUCGGAUCCAUGCUGUCUUACGCUGACCCUGAGAUGACCCGACCUCUGUCACUAAGCACCCAGGGUUGUAACUUCACCAUUCCUGGCAGUCUCAACUGGACCACUGAUCUUCCAACACAGAUGAAUUCAUUUACCAUGGCUCAAGUGCAAGAUGGUGCCACACAUCUGCUGACACGUAACUGGCACUCUCCUUCUUACCUCUACUUCUCUGUCAUUGGAUUCAUCACAACUGUGAUUGUUGGAGUGAUAGUCAGUCUGUACACGGGUGGACUGAAACAGAAAGUGGCACCCAGUCUUAUGCUGAUGAAAGAGGACAUGCUGUCCUAUCAUCUGUUCAAGCUCAUCAAAUGCAAGGAGACAAAUGAAGGCCAUUUGAGGAUGACUAUGCUUAAGAGAAGAGGUGCAGCAGCUGAAGCAGAAGAUUAGAUGGAGUCUAACGAAUGGAAUACUCAAAGGAUUGCUUUUAUGUUGUAACAUUGUAAUUUUUAAGCAAACCUUCAGUCACCAUUUUAUUCUAAUGUGCCUCAUGCUUACUGACCCUACGAGAACAAGCCUGCUAGAUGAACACUGGCAAGAUUAUGAAUGCAUGGAUCUGAUUGCAGGCUCUAUGGUUUGCUGCAAGUCAUUUCCAAAGUUUACCUGAGAUUUACUAUACAAACUUCAACAUGGGCAACAAAGCAUUGCUCUAAUCCAGGUAGCUGCAGGAGUUAAAAAAAAAUUGACAACUGUUUUAGUGAUUGUGGUGAUUUGUAGUCUUCUUGGUGUAGUUCUUGGGACAUGUAUCUUUUUUUUAAAUUGUGUUUUUGUUUUUAUUUUUGGAGGGGUGUGGGUGCUUUAGAUAUACUUGUAUACACAUUUUAAAUGUUAAUCAACAAAUUGGAUAUGCAUAUUCAUAUAUAUACUGAUUUGCAACAAACUUCAGCUGUGGUGUCUGUCUUGAGUAGUCUACACAUUGGCAGUUUAGUACCAAUGAUUCCCUGACCAGGAAAAUGAUGCAUUAACAUUUUACAUACACAUGGAUUCAAGGCAGUUUAAACUUAUGCUUAACCCUAGAACUUCUUUUUUUUUUUCUCCACCCAAGCAAAUAUGUUUACAUUAUUUCUCUCCAGCUGUUGGCAUGUCGCGGAGACUGUGCCUUAACCAGGGAAGUCUCAAAUGUCCCAGGAAUGGGUGGAUCGAAGACCAGCUUUCCAGUGUGAAUAAGAAUAUUCUUGAAUUCCUGCUUGUUUUUUCUGUAAUUUUAAGACCUACUGAUCUGCUUGAAAUUUGCAAAGAACAGUAAUUGCAAGAAUGUAGGCAUUAAACCCAGAGAUUGUAAUCUAGGGUUUUGUUUUUGAUUAGCCCUUUCUGGAGUUCCGACACUUAAGUUCAACUUGGUCAGUAACAGGAAAACUUUGUGCAGAUAGUUGGGGUGCACAUAGUGUUUAAUUUGCUUUUCUGAGCAAACAUAAAGGUCCUUUUCUCCUCCCAUCCUAUGAGAAAUAUGGUCAACACUGAUAUUUUCAUACCUCAGUUUACUGG